AUCCGAACCGUUUCCUACAUCCUAAAGUUGGGAUUAAAUUUAUAUUCCUCAUACUAUAAUUACUUAACCAUCCUGUUCAUGGCGUCAUGUGUGAUCGCCUGACAGCCCGGUAAUUAGUAGAUGUUGAUAGUAAUUGUGAUAACUUAGACAGAUGCACGGUUGUCUUAAUUCCUAACAAGUUUUACUACGUCUGUCUCAAUUCAAACCUGUGGCUUUUUAUGUUCAUGGUGAGUGCAUCGCGAGAAAUAGUAACAUACUUUGUGGCUUAACAGUUCGUGCAGUUGUAUUUUAAUCUUAUUCAUAGCUUCUCAAUUUGCCCCACCUAAUGACUUUUGGCCAUCAAUGUAAUGGUCAUAACUCAGAAAGUAUUCCUACUAAUUUAGUGCUUGCAAAUAGUAGUAACAGAGUUAUUUUUUAUGCUUAUAAAUCUAGUAGUAAAUAUCCGGUAAAGAAGUACACCUGUCCGAUUCAGAUUAAAUGUCUUUCUUGUAAGCAUGAAGAAAAUACUACUCUAGGUAAGUGACCUAUUACUUUACAACUCACCUUUAUAGUUUUUGAUUCAUUGGAUCUUACGUCUGAAAUGAACAGUCCCAUCAAUUUGAGUCCUAUUGCUUUGGAUUGUGAAAUGGUUGGGGUUGGACUCAAAAAUUCUAGUGCUUUAGGACGCAUUAGUAUUGUUGACUAUGAGGGAGAAGUUUUAUGUGACGUCAUAGUUAAACCUGAAGGAGAAAUUUGUGAUUAUCGCACAAAAUGGAGUGGAAUACGUGAAGAAGAUAUGUCUCGUGCAAUACCUUAUUCCUAUGUUCGAGAGCGCGUUGAAAAAAUCAUACAUAAUCGUAUUGUAGUAGGUCAUAUGCUGAAGAAUGACUUCGCCGUAUUAAAUAUGAAGCACCCUCCUCAUUUGGUACGUGACACUUGUAGGGUCCCAUAUCCUAAGUUGCUUGCUGGUUUUUCCACGAAACCUCAAAUUGGCCUAAGAGCCCUUACUCUCCGGCUUUUCGGCAUUAAUAUUCAAAAUACUGAACAUUGUUCAAUUGAAGAUGCUCGUGCAUCAAUGGCAAUUUAUCGUUUAGUUAAAGAUAUAUGGGAAGAGGAUUUACUUAAAACAAAUUUAAAAGAAAACAAUUUUUAAAGCAUCAUUCUAAUGAUCAUUAUAAAUCCAUAUGUUCAAGAAGAUAUAACAUCGUCAUCAUCAUUAUCAUAGAAACGUUUGAUAGUUUUUUCUUUCUAAUUUGUAUAUAUUUCAAAAGAGUAUCAUAUAAAAUCAAUCAGUCAUAUAUCAAUGUUGGAUAAUAUUCAUAACAUUUAUGUUAACAUUAAUGUAUCGGAAAACAAAUCCCUUCACUAUUGAACUUAUUUGAUAAGAAUAUAAAAUUAUUUUGUUUUUUUGUUUUUUCUGAUGGAAUUCUUUCCACGUUAUUUGUAACAAAAU